AUGGGACUUGGACGAUUCAUCCACCACUUUGGCGCAUUCUUGCUGUUCUCAGCAACAGUGUUGCUCGUUGUUGUUGACAUCACGGCCCCCGUUGUCAACGACAUCUCCCUUCUCAAGGUCGACUUGGGUAACUCCGCUGAUGGCUCGGCUGUCACGUUCGGAACAUUUGGCUACUGUGUUCUCGAUGUCAAUGGACGGGACGACUGCUCAAAGGUCAGAAUCGGUUACAACCCGGCCCAGGUCAUCACAGCUGUUGAUGGCACCGAAUUUUCCAACGCUUCUGAGAAUACCUCCAAGGCAUUGACGAGAGUCAUGGUGUUGCACCCAGUUGCCACUGGCCUCUGCUUCAUCGCUUUCAUCCUGUGCCUCGGAGCGGGCACUCUGGGUUCCUUCGUGGCUUCCCUUGUCUCUGCCCUGGCUUGCCUGGUCACUGUGGUGGCGCUCGCAUGCGACUUUGUCGCCUUUGGCAUCAUCAAGCGCAAGGUCAACGACUCCAGCACCGGCAGCAGCGCUAGCUGGAGUGCCGGGAUCUGGCUCGUCCUCGUCUCGGCCAUUCUCGCACUGGCUGCUACCGUCGUGGUUUUCUUCACCUGCUGUGCUGGUCGAUCCCGCCGCAGACGUGAGUCUGGCAAGAUGGGAACCAUUCACGAGUAA